GGAAAAGGCAGUUGUUGAUCUGCUAUCAUGCCACUUAGAGGGCAUUUAGAUAAAUUCAUCAACAAAUUCAACAAUGAGGCAAGCAAACAUCAGAAAACUCAGAGCAACAAUCCUUUCUCGGGAUCCUUCAGUGGAGGACCUAGGCCAAAGGUUUCUAAAGAGGAAUAUGGAAGACCCCAGGCUGGUUCAAAAACUGAGAUGAGAGGUCUACAAGCAAAGUCUCAUAUUAACAAAGAAAUUCUAGAGUUGUGCAAUGUCAUCUAUGAACUUGCUAUGCUGAAUAAGGAAAUGAAUUCGCCGAGAAAUGAAAGUGAUGAUGAGGAUGACGCAGAUGACAGAAAUAUUGUAGUUACUUUCGGAGAACUUUUUGAGACAUACACAAGGAUAAGCAACAAGGUUGUUGGACUUUUGAUUCAAGCAAAGAAGAAGGGGUUGUUAUACUUUGAAAAAGAAAUGCUUUUUCAGAGAAGGGAUGAUGAUGUCCUCAUUGCCUUACUGAAACCAAUAAAAGAAAUCAAUGCUAUUGCUAAAGGCAACAUUCAAUCAGCCCCAUGCCAAGAUCUGGAAGAACAGGAACCUACAUAAAGCCACUCCUGAAUUUUAUGAA